AUGACUUCAAUCGACUCGAUCAAAUCCCUGGUUCUGGAUCUACCUCCUAGCUGUAUUGAAUUUUGCUCCGCAGCGCGAGACUACUUUGUGGUCGGGACAUAUUUUCUGGAAAAGAGAGAACAAGAUGCUAGUGUAGCUGAGGGGGAAAAGAGCAAAGAUGAAGAGGACAAGAGCGAAGAUGUUGGAAAAAAACCUCAGACUAGAACUGGAUCAUUGAUUCUGUUCAAGGUUGAAGGUGAUGAGAUCAUCACCAUUUCAACAACACCCACCCCCUACGCAAUCCUCGACCUGCACUUCUCGCCCCACGACCCUUCUCUUCUAGCCGUAGCAGGCUCAACAGGAUGUCUCCAACUCUUCCGUUUCUCUGCCGCCACCACAUCCUUAGAAUCCCUCUCUACCUACCAAUUCUUCGAUCCAGCAAUCCUAGCUUUAUCGUUAGCUUGGCAUCCUGUCGAAGCAAACAAACUGGGUGUAACAGCAUCAGACGGCGGUGUCUAUAUUGUCGAUACCGCUGUCUCGGUAGAAGAAGCAACAGGCACGGGAACCCAAAUCUUGGAGCACGAAUUGGAAGCUUGGACAUUGGUCUUCUCUCACAAUGGCAGUGCCAUCUACUCUGGCGGCGACGACGCAAGUUUACGUUUUUCCACUCUUGCGACAUCAGAAGGUCAAGAAGAAGGAAACGACUUCACACCCGUACAGUGGCAAGACCGCCGUUCCCACCAGGCAGGCGUCACCGCCAUUUUGCCUCUGGCACUUGAAGACAACAUCCUCAUCACAGGCAGUUAUGACGAUAACAUACGCAUUCUCUCCGCACCUCUUGUAGGCAGGAAACAAAUCCUCGCAGAAGAAAACCUCGAAGGCGGUGUUUGGCGACUGCAACCGCUACACCAAGACACUCAAGCACGAUCAUAUACGGUUCUGGCAAGUUGCAUGCAUGCAGGCACCAGAAUCGUGCGUGUUCAAGCAGACGAUGACAAGGGCGAUUGGAGUAUAGAGGUGCUGGCAAAGUUUGAGCAACACAAGAGUAUGAAUUAUGGCAGUGAUGCGCAACCCGAAGCAAGCGGAUACAGUGGACCGCGAACCAUUGUGUCGACUAGUUUUUACGACAAGUUGUUAUGUCUGUGGAGGUUUUGA